CUUAAAUGCACCCUGAGCAAAAGCUUUAUGCCUGACUAGCGAAACAAAAACACCAAAUGUAAUCAGACCCUGUAGCUUUAACGCUGUUAAUUUCCUGAAUUGUUUUUGAACAGUGAAACUUUUAUAAUAAAGUAAGCUAUUAGAUAAAAGCAGAUGUCUAACUGACACCGACGAGCAAGUUUUCCCGUGGUCCUCUCUUGUUAAAGUGACUGUGGACUGUUUACAAAACCGUCGACAGCUUUCGAGGCAGCUGCUAAGCUCCACACACUCGCGGGACAAUGGAAGUGUCGCUACACCGCCGCCAUGCGGUGGUUGUCUGCCUGCUCUUGUGCUGCCUGGCCGGCGGGCUGUCCUCCCCGGACCCUCGGCACAGAGAGGCCCUCAUACAGCUGGAGGUCUCCAUGCAGACAGGAGGGCAGGUGGUGCUGACUGAUGCUGAGAAGCGGCUGGACGCUCUUCUCUUUAAGAUGAAGCAGGAGGAGGUCUCGAGAGCAGACUUUCCUCCCGCCAUGCACUUCUUCAGGGCCAGGGACGUCAUCAGCACCAGUCCCAUCUUCAAGCUGCUGCAGAAGAUGCCUAAAGGGGGAGCUCUCCAUGUCCAUGACUUUGCCAUGGUAGAAGUGGAGUGGCUGGUGAAGAACGCGACCUAUCGGCCUCACUGCUACAUGUGCUUCACUGACAACCAUUCCAUCAGAUUCAUCUUCUCAGCCCGGCCGCCCGCUGCUCUGCCCCGCUGCUCUCCGUGGACCCUGCUGGAAAACCUCCGGGCCAAGAUGGUCAACUCCACGGAGCUCGACAACAGCCUCAUGGCCAACAUGACGCUCUUCACUGAUCAGGAUCCAGAAUUGGUGUAUCCCAGUCAGGAUGUGAUCUGGAAAACAUUUGAACAGUGCUUCCGUGCUCUGUGGGGUCUGGUCACAUACGCUCCUGUGUUCAGAGACUAUUACUACCAAGGUCUCUCCCAGUUCUACAGGGACAACGUCAUGUACAUGGAAGUGCGAGCUCUACUCCCGGAGAUAUACGAGUUGGACGGCAGCACUCAUGAUCCAGCGUGGACUCUGAAGACGUACCAGGAGGUCACCCGACAGUUCACAACAGAACACCCGGACUUCUUUGGAGUGAGAAUGAUCUACACAAUCCAUAGAGGAGUGAAUGCAUCCACGAUGGCCGGAGCUGUGGAGGAGGCGAUGAAGCUACAGAGAGACUUCCCAGACAUCAUGGCUGGCUUUGACAUGGUGGGCCGUGAGGACAGCGGCAGACCCCUGUGGUACUUCAAAGAUGCUUUGUCACUGCCGGCAGGGAGAGGGGUGACGCUGCCCUACUUUUUCCAUGCGGGGGAGACAGAUCUGGAGGGCUCAGAGGUGGACCAGAACUUGUUGGAUGCUCUAUUGUUUAACACGUCCAGAAUCGGCCACGGCUUUGCUCUGCUCCGCCACCCCGUGGCCAAAGGUCUAUCCAGAAAGAGGGGGGUGGCUGUGGAAGUCUGCCCCAUCUCAAACCAGGUGAUGAAGCUGGUGAAAGAUUUGCGUAACCACCCUGCAGCCGCUCUGAUGUCGGAGAACCACCCGCUGGUGAUCAGCUCCGAUGACCCGGGCAUGUUCGGCUCCUCCGGACUCUCUUAUGACUUCUAUGAAGCUUUUGUGGGCUUUGGUGGGAUGAGAUCCAAUGUAGGCUCCCUCAUAGAGCUGGCCUUUAACUCUAUUAGGUACAGCUCUUUGACUCCGAAGCAACAGCAGAAAGCCCUGGCUCUGUGGCAGAGAAAAUGGGAUACGUUUGUGUCUGAAAAUGCUUUUUAAAAGAGACAUUUUUAUAUAUCAUUUUUAGAAUAAUUUUGGGCAUUGACUUGAUUCUUCCUUUGCGCAAAGGAAUGCCUUGGAGCAAGGGUACAUUUAAAGUGGAACAGUGCUUUAAAGGUGAGCAAGUUUGUGGUGGCAAAAAUAAGGGACAUUAAAGUUAGUUAGGGUUCAGUUUUGUUCUUUUUCACACAAGACAAUUUGGGAUGUUACAGACGAAAAGGUCUGGGAUAAAAGAGGAAAUGAAGAAAGGCUGAAUAUGACAGAGCCAGUGACGUCAUAUGUAUCUGCUGUGAAACUGACCUGAGUUAUGUGAUAUAACAUUUAGGGCAAUUACUAGAACUAUACAUGUCCAAUAGCUUUUUUAAUGUCUUUGCACUUUAAGAGUCAGGAUGGCCAUGUUUCUUAGAGUGCAUUAAUGGACGUCAUUGUUAACUACAUGUUGUUUGAUGUCUCCAUAGUGUGCUUGUGUUUUGUAAGAGUGUAGCCUGUUCAAUCCUGAGGGCUUUGAUAAACACUGUUCCUAAAAGAGAGUUUAAUUUAAACUUGAAAGUCAUUUUUCAGCUGUUGUAAAGAAAGGGAUAUUUUUGUUACCCAUAAAGAACCUCACUGAAAACAAAA